CUGUUGCUUGGUGGUUGUUGUUGAAUUCUUGGUAAUUACGCUGAGGCUUGUCGCUACAGUGGGUAGUACUCGUGUCUAGCUAUUGCUACUGUUAAAAUACCCUCAACCCUCCGAGUUCCAAUUUGGCACUGCUCUGUGUAUCACACGCACAUUCACACACACACACAUCUCUGGCAAGCGGUGGUAGCAGCUACGCCAGCGCCGCUGCCAAAUCGGGACGAUGCCGUUAACGGUAUACGCAGGCUGAUUGUCGACUGCGGCAGUCAGCAGUCACGCAGCACGGCAGCAUGCUUGCGGAACAGCCACACAAAAAUCAUCACAAGAUAUUGUAGUAGCGACUAGCACGUCGCGCGGUCAACACACACGUUGUUCCCAAAAUAAAAUUCAAUUCAAAUACAGUUGAAAGCAAAUUGAAACCUUGGAUUUCACUAUUUGCCAGAUAAAGUGUUGAAGUUAUAACAAAGCCGUAUCGAAAAAUACCGUACACCUAGAGAAUUACGAAAAAUUUGUUCAGUUUGAAUAAACAGUGCACACUGUAAAUAACAAAGUCAAGUUGUGUAACGCUGAGAAUUCGCAAAAAAUUACAAAGGAAACGUUGAAAAUUUAUGCUAAAUAUGCGUGUUUGAAAAAAUCCCAAAAAACGUAAGAUUGCGCGUGAAAAAGUCGAAGUGUCACACUCGACGACCGGUAGCUUUGCCGCUGCUAAAUAACGAAAACAUUCAAGUGAACCUAUGAAACAUAUAACAAAUAAUUAAGCAAGUGUCAUAAAUAAUUAAAAAAUCAAAAUUAAGUGCAAACAUUUUUAGCACACACUGUGCAGUUUUCCGACAAGUUGAAGUUAUAAACAUAUAUACAUACAUGUGUGUGUAAAAAACUAGCAGUUUGUUGAUCUGCUUGUCGCGCCGCCAUUUUCUCCAGCGAAAAAUUUUCAAAACCAAAAAACAAAAUUCGCUUGUAAAUGCCAAUAAUAACUAAAUGAAUGUUACCAAGUGCAUAAUGAUGCUCUAACACGCUCAAAAUUAAAAUAAAGUGUACCCAAUUGCCGCCGCUUUUGCUAAUUUCACUUAGCAAAGUAUAAGCACAAAAGUCCGCGUGCAAACAAAGAAAUCAGCUCAUUCCAAUGUUGUCUUGUUUGGUGCCGUCGUCAUCACGUUUUGGCCAAGAGGAUAAUAUAAUAAACCAAAGUAUGCCAUCAUCACCAGCGUUCGCCGUGCAAUUUCCCUCAUUGGCAUCCAGUUUGCACCAUCCACAUCAUCAAAGCAGUGCGAAGAACAGCAGUAACGCUGAAGAGGAGAACACCUCUAUGCCGGGUCCAAUUUCACCACAUACAGAUUUUACGGUGAAAUGUCCACAAUGUCCCAAGCGACUAGGGUUUCAGUCUCUGAGCGAACACAUCGCCAGCGAGCAUCCACAUGAGCCACUUAAUACCGAAAAUAUUCCAUCCAGUCUUGCCUACCACCACCGCAACCACCAUCAUCAACUACAUAACCACCAACAACAACAACACCUGCAUCAACUACAACAAUCAUACGCACAAGAUAGCAUCGUCGAUAUUGAUGACGAUAAUGAGGAUAACGACGACAACAGCAGUAACAGUAAUAGCAAUAGCAGCAAUCUAAAGUACACAAAUUCACCAAAUCAAUAUAGUAAUAAUAACAACAACAACGAUAGCAAUAUUAAAAACAAUAACAACAAUAGUAUUACAAAUAUUGAAUACGAGCGUCGUUCACCUGCAACACCGGGUGCCGCCAACCACAACAGCGCGCUCAACACUUCCCACUCACCAAGUAAACAACAACAACAACAAUCAAAUAUGAUACCCAAUGUGACGCCCACCGUCUCACCAACACCACCGAACGAUCUCAGCGCUGCCACCUCACCAUUCGCCGCAGCCGCCGCCGCCGCAGCAGCAGCAGCAGCCGCUGCACAACACCAACUCCCGCCUUUACCACCACAUCUAACACAUCCACAUGGCAUGCAUCCGCAUGCGGCGGCGCAACUUAUGGCCGCCAUGGCUGCCAUGCAAGCACAGCAGCAAAAUAGUGCGCAUAACGGCAGUGGAGGUGCUCCAGCAUUGACAGCGUCCAACCCAACUGCGCGCACCUCUCCCACCAGCCAAUUGCUGGCUUUGGCCAACAAUGGACAUCAUUCACAUGCGGCGGCGCAUGCGCUCAACGGUGGCAGCAGCGUCUACGACAUGGACGCGGCGCGCUCCACCUCCAGUCCCGGCUCGAUUGGCGGCAGCGAAAUGGGCGCCUACCACUGCGUACAAUGCCCGGCGACAUUCCAGACGCGCGAGCAACUGGAGAAGCACGAAGUGCUGCACUCGCCUAGCGCGCAGACGCAAGCGUCGAAUCAAAGCUGCAAGAUAUGCCACAAAGCCUUCGCCAAUGUGUAUCGCCUACAGCGUCACAUGAUCAGUCACGAUGAGUCCGCCCUGCUGCGCAAGUUCAAGUGCAAUCAAUGCGAUAAGGCCUUCAAAUUCAAGCAUCAUCUGAAGGAGCAUGUGCGCAUCCAUUCGGGUGAGAAGCCGUUCGGCUGCGACAAUUGCGGCAAGCGAUUCUCACAUUCCGGUUCCUACUCCUCGCACAUGACCUCGAAGAAAUGCAUUAGUAUGGGCAUGAAACUGAAUCCGAAUCGCGCUAUGUUGAAGGCGUUGGAAAAGAAUGCGCCCGGCCAAAACGCGAAGCGGUACAAUGCGAACAAUGGCGGCGCAAUGAAUACAAGCGCUGGACCCACGGAGUCUAGCUUAAAUGUGGACGCCGCGUUGUCAGCGGGUUUGCCAUCACAUAUGAACUACUAUGCUACGGAUGCCAGCGAUGUGGCUAUGAAUGGAGGCACGCCACCAUUUUAUCCGAAUAUAUUGCAGAAAUACGAUGAUUACAACAUGAAUGCCAUGAAUGCUGCGCUUUUGGCCGCAUUCCCGCAUCCGUUUUACAGUUUGGGCCUGAAUCCGCGCUUAUCCCCCUACAACAUACAACGUCUGCUGGAACUGACGGCAGUGGGACAACAACACCAGCACCAACAGCAAGAGCAGCAACAACAGGAGGUGCAGCAACGCGAGGAAGAAAGCCUUAGCGAACGGGAACAGCAACAGCCCCAAUUAGAAGAGCACAGUGAGCGCGUUGAAGAUUCGAUUGAUGAGACAAACGAGGAGGAGAUACCGGAUGAGCCCAAAUUAGUGAUGGAUUUAGAUGAGAGUGAAGCUAAAGAGGGAGAUCUUGAUGAUGAAGAGGAAGUUCAGUCACAAAAAGUCGCAUCGGAGGCGGAAGAUCAUUCCUAUCUUAUUGAUGAGGAGAAGAUUGAAAAUUCAGAAAUUGAAGCGAGACAAGAUGAGUCGCUUAAAUCGCCCGCUUUGGAAGAAAACGAACAGACUAAUGUGAGACUAGAGAAUAAUGAAGUUUCGGAAUCCACCGAGCAAAACAUAGUACCACAAAUAAAGCUGGAAGAAAAUCGUCCUGCCACACCAGUGGAUGAGGAACGCGCUGAUCAAGUGGAGAGUGCGAAAACUAUGCCUGUUAUCAAACAGGAAUUAGACAGCACGGUCGAAAUGGAGCAAUCUCGUCCAAUGGAAACCUCAACGCCCACCAGCAAAGUAGAACAAGAAUCACAUAAUGAAUCCAGUGCAUGCAAUGCAACUGAGCUACGCUGUAGCCGCUGCGACACGCAAUUCAAUCACCAAACAGAGCUAGUGCAACACGAAAAAGUGCUAUGCGGUUUCAUCAAGCAAGAGCUACAACAUUCCUACCAAGAGCAACACUCUCAGCGACUGCAGCAGGAGCAUGAAGAGGAGCUGCAGCAGCCGCAAUCGCUUGUGCGGUCGCAACACAGCAUGGAUGACUCCGCCGAACAAUCUGCCAUCUCAGCCACCUCUCUAUUGCACACCAGCGACGCUGAAGACUACCCGGAUGAGCGGGAUUCCCACUCGCGCAACGACUGCAAUAGCGAAGGCAGCGAGCGCAAAGUACGUGUACGCACGGCCAUCACCGAGGAACAACAACAACAGCUGAAGCAGCACUACGCCAUGAAUGCGCGCCCCAGUCGCGAAGAGUUCCGCAUGAUUGCCGCACGUCUGCAGUUGGACGCACGCGUUGUACAAGUAUGGUUCCAGAACAAUCGUUCGCGCGAGCGUAAAAUGCAAAACUAUCAGCAAGCGAAUGGUAAACUGCCUUUGGCCCCAACCGAAGCGAGUGUCGCCUCAGUGUCAACAGGCUUGCGCACAGGAGAAGAGCAACCGUUGGACUUGUCGUUGAAGCGCGAUUGGCCUGUAGCAGCAAAGCGCAAUGGCAUGCAACAACAACAUUCACCACUAUACGGUAUUGCGCCAAUGCAAAGUGUCAGCGGGAGCAGUGAUUUCACCGAAGCUAUUAACUUGAGUCGCAAAAUGUCUGCCUCGAUGUCACCGCCCUCUUCGCUCUCGCCAUCGUCCGCCGCAUCCGUACCGCAGUCACUCAAGCAACACGCGGCUGUCUACUUUGGCGCACCCUCGGGGAGUCAUCAUUUCCAACGACGAACACCAUCACCAAAUGAGGCGCCAUCGCUAACACAACAGCAACCAAUCGCACCGCGCAGCGUGAGCAACAACAAUAACAACAAUAGUUUCUCUGCCUCACUAGCCGGACAUCUGCCACCGUAUAUGCUGCCUACCGGUGCACAGCGGAGUAUGAUGCCUAUGGAUGCGAUUUUCCGCAUGACACCCGGCGAUUAUGCCUGCAAUCCGCUCAUCAACAGUAUUAAAUUUCCCGACUAUCGCGGUACCAGCCUCAGUCCAGGCGGUUCGGAGAAACGCUCUUGGCGCGACGAUGACUCGCGUAUCUCACAUGAUGACGACUACAUUGGCGGUGGCUUGCUGCCGAAACCGAAGCGUCCCAAAGCGGAGACACACGGGCAUGCAGGUGAUCCGGACUUGCCAUUUGUGUGUGAUCAAUGCGACAAAGCGUUCGCAAAGCAGAGCUCGCUGGCGAGACACAAGUACGAGCAUUCCGGUCAACGCCCCUACCAGUGUGUAGACUGUCCGAAAGCCUUCAAGCACAAACAUCAUCUCACCGAACACAAGCGGUUGCAUAGCGGCGAAAAGCCCUUCCAGUGCAGCAAGUGCUUCAAACGUUUCUCACAUUCCGGUUCCUAUAGUCAGCACAUGAAUCACCGUUAUUCGUACUGCAAACCCUACAGGGAAUAG